AUGGCUGCCGUCGGGACCAGCGCCCUGAUGGCGCUGUCCAGCAAGGCCUUGAUGACGGCGGGCGCGGCGCUGGCCCUGGCAAUCUACAGCUGCAUGAAGGGCGGUGGCGGUGGCAAGGGCGGCGGCAGUCACCUGACGGCCACUCUGAUGGAGGAGAGCACACUGGUGCCACACCGGCAGUGCGCCGAGGCGGUGGUGGAUAUCUCUGGCUUGCACAACUAUCCGGUGGACGUGGAACGGUAUCCUGGGUCCCGGAAAACAGUAGACAUCGUGUCGCCCGCCAUGCCCGUCUACAGGAUCCAUCAGACAUCCGAAGACUACUCGUCGUCGUACGGCUCGUCUCAGCCCCAGUCCCAGGCCCAGUACCCGUAG